CCCGGCAGGCCCAAGCUAGAUUGUGCGACAGGGCCACUCGAGGCGCGGGGGGACGCGUGAUCUCAGACAGCUUCCUCACGGCUCGGCCGCGCCGCGUAGCCCCUGCCGCAUCGACCCUCCGUCUCCCUAGCCGCCGGCUCGAAUCCGUGCGCGCGGGGGUCUCAAGCUCGCCACCGGCGGGGCGGGGUUACAUGGCGCGCGGGGGAGGGGGGAGAGAAGAGGAGAGCCUAGGUGCCCUCCUCUCCCCUCCCCCCGGCGGUGGCGCGCGCGGCCCUCGCCGGCUUCACCCCUCCGCGCCUCGCCCUCCCUCUCCACCGGCCGGGCCCAGCCGGGCGGCAGCGGCCUCGGCGCCCCACCCCCUCCCGGACCGGCGGGGGACUGGGAGGGGGCGAGGAGUAAAGGGGGUUCUCCUCUCGCCUCCCUGGAGUGGGCCGCAGCACUGGGCCGCGGUGGCUCCGGCUCCUCCUCUCCCUCACACCCCCUCCCGCCCCUCUCUACCUGUGGGGGACCCGGGCAGGAGGAGGCGGCGCACGGACGGGGCCUGGCGACAACUUAAGGACUUCAGUCCAGCUACAGGCCCCGAAGCUGGGCUGUGGCGCAGAGCAAUUAUGUCAUUCACUUGCGACGAUCUUAAGGGGCGCCAUGGAGGGGAAUCAGAGCGCCUGCGCAGCAGCAUUCGCCCAGGGACCAAGCAAAUAUUCCGAUAG